ACGUCACAAUAGAUUGUCUCAAAUUGUGAAUGACGAUUAGAGAAUCAGUAGCUAGUCUAUCAGUCUGAUUAAAAAUGACUCGAUUCCAUUUCUCGAACCGCUUGACCAAGAAGCUAAAAAAGCCAUCGUCAAAGAAGGGUAGUAAUGUCCCUAGUAAUGUACCAUCAACUUCUGCUGAGGCUGGUGGAACAGAAGAAGUGAUGUCUAAUAUGGUUCUGAAGACGGUUGAUUCAGACACCAAGAAGUCGUGUAGCAGUAGUAGCAGCUGUAGCAGCUUUGACGUGGCAAGUGAUAUCACACAGGGCAGUGUGCAAAGGAUAUUUCAGGAAGUGGAUGGCCACCUUAGCGUCACAGAUACCCAGCAAUACCAAGAUGCCGUGGAGGCGUUCAGCGAAACGGAGCUGAACAAGAAGCUAGCCGAGGAGCUGGACUACCUACAGGAGCUGCUGGAGGAUGAGAAGAAGGGCGAGAUCCAUACUGACACCAAGUGGGUGGAUCCAGAGGCGGAGAUCCCGUGGGAGCAGACCCACAGGCGCGUGCUCACCAUGACCGUGGAUACCCACAAACACAAACAUGGUCAAAAUGGUCACUUGCACCAUCAUCACAACCACGACCCCGUCCCCACAAACACCCAGGUCCCUGAGACCAUGGCCACCAAACUCCCCAACCGCAAAGUCCCGCUCCACAAAGAAUUCGCCUGUACUAACCUGGCUUGUACCAAUCCGCACUGUUCUGACGUCAUGUGUGGCGUCAAAGGAUUGGAUGUUGCAGACAAGCAUAAGCAUCAUGUACCUGAACCUAUCCCCGUCAACAACCAGGUGCCUCACAGCAUGGCUACCAGGCUCCCCAACCGCAAAGUCCCUCUCCAUAAAGAGUUCGCCUGUACUAACCUGGCGUGUGCUGAUCCGCACUGUUCUGACGUCAUGUGUGGUACCAAAGUGACGGAAAUCAAGAGUCACAACUCUGAUCCCGAUUUGUAUUCCUCCAGAUAUGCUAUGGAUACAGCUGUUGCCCACAUUGAGAAGACAGUGAAAAAUGAAGCGGAUAUUACCUCGCACGAAUACGAGCACUACUCUGGCAAGCCCGUCCUGUUUGUCAUGGACUCUAGGAACAAGUUCCAUCCCCUCACUCGCCCACAGGAGGCCCACAAAGUCCUGGACGUCUGCAAAGAGUAUGAGCCCACCAAGUCACAGCAGCACGUGAUCAACACACUGCAAGGGAGCGAGGACGCCAACACCGCCGCCCACGAUAUCCUGACGGGUACAUUCAUCCGCAACUGUCAAGAGGAAAACCUGAUGACCGAUGUCAACAUAUACAUCGGCGGCGAACUGUUCACCGCUCACAGAAUUAUGCUUGCGCAAUAUAGUUCGUACUUUCAGGAACUGUUCUGCAUUUCGAAGCGGGAUAACAAUUUGCCGUUCAACUUAAAGGUGAAAGGAAUAUCCGCAGAUGCGUUUGAGGCGUUCUUGCAUCUUGUGUACAUCGGAGACUGCAACAUAACAUCAGAUAUCGUGAUGGAUCUGUACAUGAUCGCAAAACGAUUCAGUGUCGAUGAACUUCACAACAGAUUGAACGAUUAUCUUAACUCUUUGAGCACCGAUAAUUGCCUCGAUAUCAUGUUGCGGGGAGAAGCUCCCCCAGGUGAACCUUUGUACGAAACGGCCCUAAAAUUCUUGAUCAGAGAUUUCCAGAAAGCCGUGAAGAAAGCAGCGUUCUUGGAGCUCCGUCUUGACGUCUUGAUCAAGAUUUUAUCCUCAGAUUUCCUCAAGAUUGAUAAAGAGACUGAGGUGUUCGAUGCCGCCCACGCCUGGAUCAAACACGACAUACCGAAGCGUGAGCAACACCUGUCACGUGUCAUGGAGUGUGUUCGAUUUGCUCUGAUGGACCACUUGGAGCUCUUCGUCCUCUUCAGUGGAGUUGAUCUCAUUCAGAAAAAUGCUUACUGUCGGGAGAUGAUGAUGAAAGCAAAUUGGAUUAUCACGUCUCGUAUGUUGCAUUUUGCCGAUCCAUUUGAUCUUCCCUGUCCAAAUAAAAGGGACCCAAAUCUUCUGCAUCAGACACCAGAUGAAGGACUUGAUGAUUCAUUAAAAAUCCAACCCAAGAUUCCAAAAGAGGAUAAACUUGUGCCAGGGGACCUACUGGCGUUUGGAGGAUUUUUCUCGGGAUCCGACAAAACUAGGGCCGUCGAAGGAGCGAAAAGCAUCAUGUGGUAUCAUGUCGACUCUCGGAACUGGAAAAAACUAACUGAACUUCCGGAAGCCCGCAUCCAUCACGCCUCGUGUGUCCUAAACGGCAAGAUCUAUAUUACCGGGGGAAGCGACCCCAAAUUCCACAAGGAAUCCCCGAAAGCACUAGCAAGUUGUUUCUGCUUUGACCCCCAUACUAUGGAAUGGACCAACAUUGCCCCAAUGAGGACCCCCAGACUGAUGCACAGUUUGGUGGCCCUCAGUGGCCGCCUGUACGCCAUUGGAGGUCAAGACAUCAACGAUAGGCUCCUGAGUCGUGUGGAGUGUUACAACCCGGACACAAACAAGUGGAUAGCUGUGGCCUCCAUCAAUGUCGCCCGCAUUGCCUCUGCUGCGGCCGUAAUGGACGGAAAGAUAUAUUUGGCUGGUGGAUACACGGCCGACAUCAAAGUCAAAUCAGGCACGCCCAUCUCCUCCAUUACGGAGUGUUAUGACCCAGAGAAUCAAAAGUGGACCCGCCUGGGCGAUAUUCGCAUCCCGCGGUGCCAAGCCUCCCUGGUGGCUCUAGGUGGGGAUCUGUAUCUGUGCGGUGGUGCCACACGGACCCACGGUACCGACUUCACCACCGCCACCAGCCUCCGGGACAUCGAUAAGUAUAGCAAGGAGUUCGACAUGUGGGAGAAGGUGGCAGAGCUAGACACCGAGAGACACGCCUGUGGUGCCGCGGCAGUCGGGAAUAAGCUGUACAUUUGUGGUGGUGCUUGCUCUGCUAUGGGAUACAUGCUCCAUUCUAUGGAGGUAUAUGACGCUGCCGCCGGGAAAUUCGACAGAACCGCUCCAGACUGUCCCCUCCCUGGCCGGUUCCUGAGUUUAAUCGCUGUCCCGCCCUGCGCGGAGAACUAAAUUACGGAAACGAUUCAUUGAUCGAAAUUAUUUUGAUAUAAAAAGGAAUAUUUGGUAAUCUUAAUCUGUAGUUAAAUUCUUUGCUAAGGGAGUUAAUAAUGUUAUGGUUGUUAAAUGUUUUACCUAUAUAUUUUUCAGUAAACCACUACUGUUAAAAGCAAUUAUGGUUAUACCCUUUUGCCUCUAAAGGAAAUAAAAUUAAUGCAAC